AUGACUGGAUACCAAAAAUUCGAGCUUAUUCCCGCCAUCAUUCCUCGCUCAGUGACGACACCUGAAGUGGACUGCAGUCUACAGCCACCGGAGGCUUAUCAAAUUCUUAAUCUCAACUCCACAAUCUCCUUUGAUACCUCUAUUCCGGCUUCGCCAUCCAACUCAGACUCACAGGAAGCCCAGAGCUCAGUCACAAAUGACGUGGAAAGCAAGAAACAUAAAUUACAUACUACCAAGCGACGCAUGCAAAACCGUGACGCGCAGCGCCGGUUCCGCGGACGCAAAGAAGAGCGUCAUCAAAUACUCGAGCAACGGGCUACUGAACUCGAAGCAAAGUGCCAAAGGCUCUCGGAGGGAUUCGAGCAGAAGUCCAAAGAGGUGUCUAAGAUCAUUAAAGAAAAAGAGGCCCUUGCUACCGAAAUGCAAGAUCUGCGCAAGCGAUGGAACCUUAUGUUGAUGCUGUUACGACGGCCAAACAGGCUGCAGUCACUGUCCAGCUUGCUAGGGAGUGAUUCGUCUUCAACUUCCGGUUCCUCUCUUAGCUCAUCAUCCUCGCCGUCUUCGAUAAAAGCUGAGCCGAUGUUGCCGCUGGAAGACUUACUUGGGUGUCUACAGGAGUUGCUAUUGCCAAAUGAGAUGCCCCACGGGUCGUCCCCUCUUUGUUGA